AUGGACGUUUGUGACGCACCACAACCACAAUACUUUCUCAACUUGGUGUUUGACAUUAUAUUUGAAAACUUGAAACUGUCGGAUUUGUAUAGUUACAUAUUUUUCUGUCGAAAAUGGAAUCGAGCAAUUAACGGUGAUAGAACAGAGCCAUGGAAAUCGUUGUGUCGCCGUGAGUUUACCGAAGGGUUAUUGAACUCAAAACAUUUGUCACCACUCCAAAACCAUAAAGAUAAAUUACGCGCCUUAAGUAAUUCAUGGAAGUUAAAUGAAAAUAUAAAACACGAGUUCACCGGUGGAGAAGUUACAAUAUGUGGUGUUAGAGUAGACGGCUACGAUGAGUCAGAGAAAAAAAGUCUAUACAUUUCAUGGCUGUUUCUGACACGAUUGUCCGGAAUAUUUCAAUCCUAA